AUGUCGUGGGCCCCCAGCAGUCGAGGCGGCGGGGGCAGCACGCCUUCGCCUUCGCCAAAUCUCAAUAACUCGCUGCAGCGCAUCCAAGGCAUGGGUAAACUCGUUGGGAUCCAAAACCAAAACCAGCAGCUCCUGCCUGCGGGCGCCGUUAAACAGCGAUUCCUCGGGUCUCAGGGGGCAUCGAGUAAUGGACAUCCCACUCCUAUCCAGCAAAGCUAUUGGAAUAGGGAGAAGGGUCUUCGCUCUCCUCUCCCUCUCCAAGAAAGUGCGAAAGAGGCGGUUCGUAUUCCUCCGCAUCGAAGGCUUUCUACAAAUGUCGUGCAUUCUUCUCCUGCUCCGUAUCAGACGCCCGUGCAGGAAGUUGUUCGCGCAUCCUUUCACCAAACACCUGAAAUCGUGGAUUCCGAAGGGACAGACGACUUUGAGCACAGCUCUGCCGGCACCUGGAACUCACCUAAGGAGCAGUCAAUCGGCAACAACUCGUCGGAAUUUGAAGGUGCUCCUUUGCCAGCACCCCUGCAUAUCAUCCAAGCUGCUACACCUUCAACCGCCCUCGUUCUCCGACAACGAUCCUUAAGCACCGCCUCCAUGGCGCUUAGUGCUGGCCCAAUGCCUUCAGAUGAAAUGCCCGCAUGGAACAGUCCUAGACCACCUGAUCACGAAAAUGAUGAUGAUAUGGCCCUUGUCCAGGUCGAUCCGAAUUUAUUGACAGCCGUGGGGAAGUGGGAGACACAACACGAGAGCUAUCCCAUCGUCAACCUUACCGCAAACCGUCACCCCCGGGUGGAUGAUUGCGAUAUCGACCCUGCGACAGGUAAACUCAUCCCUCCACCACGAUAUAUCAAAAUUCAGAAGGACUCCCAAGCAAAGCACAACUGGCGCCGCGCGAUGACCAAUUCUGAAGGCUAUAUCGCCCGCGAGCUGGAUCUACGCAAAUCGAAAAAGGAAGAGAUUGAGCGUAAGAUAGAAGAACAGAAGUAUGCCAACAUUACGAAGGAGGAAGACAAGUGGCCCGAUGCAGAUUGUACUCUCCGGCCCGUUCAGCCCGAGGACUUCCAGGGCAUCGCAAACAUCAUCAAUAAUGAAGUGCAACGACAAGAUUCGCAGGUGUACCUACCCAAAAUCGACAGUGCACAAAUUGCAGAACUUUACAGCGCUUGCACAUUGAAGCGUCGCCCUUUUAUUGUGGCGAUUGAGUCUUCUUGCGAGAUAGCCGACCGUUCUGGAUGGUCCAAGGUCGAUGAAAAGCGCUAUCAGAAGCUCAUUGGAAUUAUGAAAUCCCAUGGAGUUUCAGAGAGCCCAACCAUCCUUGGCUUCGCCUUUGUCGAUGAUUCUCGACAGGACUUUCUAGGCCACGCAUGCCAGGGAGCCAGAUUCUCUGGGAAAAUCAAGCUCAUCGUUGACCCAGAACAUCGCCAAAUGCUAGUCGGGUCGGCACUGCUGGACAGAAUUAUGUUGUCCACGUCCAUCUACCAUCGUAGUCUUGUUGACUACACCUGGAAGUGCUCGGAGACCCGAAAGACAUACGAAGUGAUUCCUGCACACAAUGAACGAAAAUACAGCAAGCUGUACUUGGAGACAUUCUUUGAUGGCGAGGACGAUUCUCGGAUUGAGUGGAUCACUCGUCUCCUCGAGAAGUACGAUUUUGACAAGGUUGCGACUUUCAAGGAAGCUGUUAAGCAUGGGAAAACCCCAGGCGUCUGGAAAGACCUAGUCGUAUGGGAACAUGAGGCGCGCCCAGCGUCAGAAAUGGUGGAGGAAGUGAAGAAUUGA